GCUGACGAUGAGUGGAGUAAUUUGGUUUUUUAUCUGUGUGCUAUGUGGAGUGUUAACUUCAAGAGCUGAAGACUUUGAAGGUUCCGGAGCCACUGAAAAUUCUUCAGAAACGAACUCUACUGAAGUCGAUGAGGAAUAUCAUUUAAUCGUGGGCAAUCUCAGUUUGUGUGGAAAUGUGGCGGAUAAUGUUUUUCUACCGUUUGUGGGGGACUGCAAUAGGUAUUACCUAUGUCGAUCUGGCCAAGCUAUAGAACUGCAGUGCGAAUGGCCUUACCAAUUCAAUGCCAAUACCCAGAGUUGUGUGAAAAAUGGUCAAGCUGAAUGUCUGCCUACCUGCGAAUCCUACAGCUUUAGUACCUUUAGUUACCAGAGAACCUGUACUAAAUACGUUCUCUGCUACUAUGGACGUCCUGUUUUAAGGCAAUGCCAAGAUGGCCUCCAGUACAAUUCUCAAACAGAUCGCUGUGAUUUCGCCCAGAACGUGGAUUGCGUGGAGUCCGAAUGCUCCAUCUACUAUAAUGCCUAUCAUCUGCGUUAUGUGCCGAGCAAAGUGUCCUGCGAUAGGUAUUUCCUUUGCGGCAACGGAAUCCCCAGGAUGCAGACCUGUACUCCCGGUCUAUACUUCAGCACCAAGUGCGAUUGUUGCGACAUUCCAUCGAAAUCGGACUGUCAGAUCCCCGAAGAACAGAGGAAGUUAAGGCAGUUUUCCCGCCUUUCACCCAGGACCACUGAUGGAAUUUGUCCACCCUACGGCGUCCAUUUCUACGCCCACGACUCUCGCCGGGAUUCCUAUUACUAUUGCAUAGAUGGACAUGGUCUGGUUCUGGACUGUUCACCUGGUCUGUGGUACGAUCCCAAGGUUCAGGAGUGCCGCGAACCGAAGAAUGUGGGACUGUAGUUCGUUUGAAUUCAAUAAAAUGGAAUGGAGUAAAAGUUCUUGGGGGAUAACUACCUUAGUUAGA